AUGAGGAUCGGGAUCCGGGCCUUUGGGUUCCCCUGGUCCCCGUCUGACGAACACCUUCUCGUGACCCCUUUUAUCAUUCGUGAAAGGAUCUUCUUCCAGGGGCUUAGGAAGAAGCCGGAAUCUAGAUCGCGCACCUACACCAGCCGCCUCUCUUCCCCGCCGUCGGGACACCUGAACAUCUGGACAUGGACAGAGCAGUACACCUUCCACGGUAAUAGUGACUUACGCCAUCUUCCAUCCACCGCUGUCUUUUGGGCCUUGAACAAGGAUACCGUCGCUAUCGGAUAG